AUGCAGGGGUUUGACGUAAUUUUGGGGAUGAAUUGGUUAGCUGCUAACUAUGCCAGUAUCGACUGCCAUAAGAAAGAAGUAGUAUUCAAAUCUCCAGGAGAGCAGGAGUAUCGAUUUGUGGGGACAUGUGUGCGCACCCCACCACAGAUAUUAUCAACUGUUCAGGUGAGGAGGUUGCUAUUGGAGGGAUGCCAGGGGUACUUGGCCUGUGUAAAGGAAUCAUUGGAAGGGGAAUCCAGAUUGGAAUAUAUUUCGAUAGUGAAAGAUUUUCCUAAUGUGUUUUUGGAGGAUUUGUCGGGACUCCCUCUUGAUCGUAAGGUCGAGUUUGCUAUCGAACUAUCCAUAGAAACAACGCCAAUUUCUAAAGCGCCAUAUAGAAUGGUUCCGAUGGAAUUGAAAGAGUUGAAAGAGCAGAUACAGGAGUUGCUGGACAAAGGUUUCCACCAGGCUGGUGUAAUCCUAGGGCCCUCAGUUAUAGCAAGGAACAGCACCUACACAAACAACAUAUUCCCCCCAGGAGGCACGGUUGCGCUGGAAACUUUCGCGAACUUCGGGUUCAUGAUCCACGCAUUUGUGCUAGGGGUGCAGUUCGAUGCAACCAUGUUGAGGAGCAUAGGAAGAAGGGCUGCAGCCAUAGGUCUCUGCGGCAAUGUACUUCCUCUAGCGCUUGGUUUUAUGGCCUUGAAGGGCGUACAACUAGACGAGGCCCAGUUUUUUGGGUUUGAGAUGAUGGUGAUAAGGAAUUCUGUCACUUACUUCGUUGUCACUGCCAGUGUACUCACCGAUCUCGACAUUCUCAACUCGGAGGUUGGCUGCUUGGCCACCUUUGUUGCUUGCAUCAGUGAUGCGAGUAGUUGGAUCGUGGUUGAACUACUUCCCAAAAUAGUUACUGCAAUUAUGACAUCCUCAGCGACACCGUUUCUGCCAAGUCUGCUCUUGGUAGGAUACUAUGGUCUUGUGUACUUCGCUCUUCGGCCUCUGGUUAUGUGGAUCGUAAGGAGCACUCCUGAAGGAAAACCCAUGAAGGGGAGUCAUUUUCUUGCAAUUCUUAUGCUGCUGUUAAUGGUAGGGAACUCUGGGGACGUCAUUGGGCAACACUGUGCAUUAACAGCUUUUGCCUUCGGCUUGUUUUUACCCUCCACGCCACCGCUGACCUCGACUUUGGUGGAGAAGCUUAACAUCAUUGCUUCCGGGGUGCUGCUUCCCGUUUUCUGUGCCAGCACUGGGGCUAGGGUUGAUGUUUUUUCUGCACUGGGAGGAGGGAAGUGGGUGUUCACAGAGAUUGCCAUUCUUAUGGCAUACGUGGGAAAGUUCAUAGGCACUAUUGUGCCGUCCCUUUACUUUGAAGUUCCAUUCAAGGAUGCUCUUUCUCUGGCUUUGAUCAUGUGCUGCAAAGGCAUUGUGGAGAUUGCUUUCUAUAGCGCCUUCUUGGAUAAUGAGCUUGUAAACCAAGAAACGUAUGCCCUCUUAGUGAUCAGCAUGGUGAUAAUAACUUGGAUAUGCAGACCCAUCGUGCGUUACCUCUAUGAUCCUUCAGUCAAAUACGUGGUUCAAAAGGGACUGAAUAGGAUUAUCUACCGUGCAACAACAGAUCUCCGGUUACUGGUUUGCAUUCACAGUGAGGAAAACGUAUCCCCCAUCAUCCAGUUCCUUGAAACCUCCAACCCAACAAGAAUCAGCCCCAUUUCCAUCUUCACCCUCCAGCUAACAGACCUUGAAGGUAGAGCGGCAGCCGUUCUCGCACCAGUUCACCAUAAAAGCAAGCCUACCUCGCAACUCACCCGCCCCGAGCGCAUCGCCAAUGCCUUCAACAACUUCGAGCAGAGCAACCAUGGUAGCAUCACGUUGCAGCACUUCAUUGCAGUCGCACCAUAUGCAAGCAUGCAUGACGACAUAUGCACCCUCGCACUCGACAAGAGAACAAGCAUUGUGAUCGUCCCUUUCCACAAGCGCUGGGCCAUUGAUGGGGAUGUGGAAGCUACCUUCCCCUCUAUUAGGAUUGUGAACAAAAACGUCAUCGGCAAGGCUCCUUGCUCUGUUGGAAUCCUCAUCGAUCGAAGCCAGAUAGUGGGGAAACGGCCGGCUUUGGCAGCCCCAUCAUUGUACCGCAUCGCCAUGAUCUUCCUUGGUGGUGCUGAUGAUUGGGAGGCGCUGGAAUAUAGCCGACGCAUGGCUGGACAUCCCGGUGUUAGCCUUACUGUGGUUUGGAUUAAAUCGUGCUUUUUUUAUGAAAUGACGGAUACCAUUGACAGUAAACUGAUGUAUGACUCAAGGGCUACUGCAACAGGCAGGGAGAAAAUUGUUUACAGGGAAGAGAUUGUGACAAAUGGGGUUGGAACAACGCAGGUCAUUCGAUCCAUGGAGUCAGCUUAUGAUCUAUUCAUAGUGGGAAGACGACAUGAUACAGAGUCUCCAGCUACACAAGGCCUAACAGAGUGGGGUGACUGCCCUGAGCUGGGGCUAAUUGGAGACAUGUUAACCGCAUCGGAGUUUCAUUUUUCAGUAUUGAAAAUAAAUGAAAAUGGGGGAUUCCGGAAGCCAUAUUAUGAGGGCGGCCGGAAAGGUGAAAGUUUCCACCAGGCUGGUGUAAUCGUAGGGCCCUUAGUUGUGGCAAGGAACAGCACCUACACAAACAACAUGUUCCCCCCGGGAGGCACGGUUGCGCUGGAAACUUUCGCGAACUUCGGGUUCAUGAUCCACGCAUUUGUGCUAGGGGUGCAGUUCGAUGCAACCAUGUUGAGGAGCAUAGGAAGAAGGGCUGUAGCCAUAGGUCUCUGCGGCAAUGUACUUCCUCUAGCGCUUGGUUUUCUGGCCUUGAAGGGAAUAAAAGUAGACGAGGCCCUGUUUUUGGGGUUUGAGAUGAUGGUGAUAAGGAAUUCUGUCACUUAUUUCGUUGUCACCGCCAGUGUACUCAUCGAUCUCGACAUUCUCAACUCGGAGGUUGGCUGCUUGGCCACCUUUGUCGCUUGCAUCAGUGAUGCGAGUAGUUGGAUCGUGGUUGAACUACUUCCCAAAAUAGUCACUGCAAUUAUGACAUCCUCAGCGACACCGUUUCUGCCGAGUCUGCUCUUGGUAGGAUACUAUGGUCUUGUGUACUUCGCUCUUCGGCCUCUGGUUAUGUGGAUCGUAAGGAGCACUCCUGAAGGAAAACCCAUGAAGGGAAGUCAUUUUCUUGCAAUUCUUACGCUGCUGUUAAUGGUAGGGUACUCUGGGGACGUCAUUGGGCAACACUGUGCAUUCACAGCUUUUGCCUUCGGCUUGUUUUUACCCUCCACGCCACCGCUGACCUCGACUUUGGUGGAGAAGCUUAACAUCAUUGCUUCCGGGGUGCUGCUUCCCGUUUUUUGUGCCAGCACUGGGGCUAGGGUUGAUGUCUUUUCUGCACUGGGAGGAGGGAAGUGGGUGUUCACAGAGAUUGCCAUUCUUAUGGGAUACGUGGGAAAGUUCAUAGGCACUAUUGUGCCGUCCCUUUACUUUGAAGUUCCAUUCAAGGAUGCUCUUUCUCUGGCUUUGAUCAUGUGCUGCAAAGGCAUUGUGGAGAUUGCUUUCUAUAGCGCCUUCUUGGAUAAUGAGUUUAUUGUGAAACUAAACACUGAUCAUAGACUAACAAAGGAAGUUCUGGGUGCAAAGAUUCUUGGGAAAUACUUUUUCGAUUAUCUACAGCUUGUAAACCAAGAAACGUAUGCCCUCUUAGUGAUCAGUAUGGUGAUAAUAACUUGGAUAUGCAGACCCAUCGUGCAUUACCUCUAUGAUCCUUCAGCCAAAUACAUGGUUCAAAAGGGACUGAAUAGGCCACCCUAUCGUGCAACAACAGAUCUCCGGUUACUAGUUUGCAUUCACAGUGAGGAAAACGUAUCCCCCAUCAUCCACAUCCUUGAAACCUCCAACCCAACAAGAACCAGCCCCAUUUCCAUCCUCACCCUCCAGCUAACAGACCUUGAUGGUAGGGCGGCAGCCGUUGUCUUACCAGUCCACCAUAAAAACAAGCCUACCUCCCAACUCACCCGCCCCGAGCGCAUCGCCAAUGCCUUCAACAACUUCGAGAAGAGCAGCCAUGGUUGCAUCACGUUGCAGCACUUCAUUGCAGUCGCGCCAUAUGCGAGCAUGCACGACGACAUAUGCACCCUCGCACUCGACAAGAGAACAAACAUCGUGAUCGUCCCCUUCCACAAGCGCUGGGCCAUUGACGGGACUGUGGAAGCUACCUUCCCCUCUAUUAGGAUUGUGAACAAAAACGUCAUCGGCAAGGCUCCUUGCUCUGUUGGAAUUCUCAUCGAUCGGAGCCAGAUAGAAGGGAAACGGCCUGCUUUGGCAGGCCCAUCAUUGUACCGCAUCGCCAUGAUCUUCCUUGGUGGUGCUGAUGAUCAGGACGCGUUGGAAUAUAGCCGACGCAUGGCUGGACAUCCCGGUGUUAGCCUAACUGUGGUUUGGAUUAAAUCAUGCUUUUUUGAUGAAAUGACGGAUACCAUUGACAGUAAACUGAUGUAUGACUUAAGGGCUAAUGCAACAGGCAGGGAGAAGAUUGUUUACAAGGAAGAGAUUGUGACAGAUGGGGUUGGAACAACGCAGGUCAUUCGAUCCAUGGAGUCUGCUUACGAUCUAUUCAUAGUGGGAAGACGACAUGAUACAGAGUCUCCAGCUACACAGGGCCUAACAGAGUGGGGUGACUGCCCUGAACUGGGGCUAAUUGGAGACAUGUUAACUGCGUCGGAGUUUCAAUUUUCAGUACUGGUUUUGGUUUUGGUGUGCUUUUUCGCUGCUAUGUGGUAG